UUCCAAAUCCAAGCAAUCGACGCUUUGCGUUUCGCAUCUCAGUUAUCCUUGCACGCGCGUAUCAACUGUCAAAAUUCUAGUGUCUAAAAUUUCCGCCGGAAAAAAAGACCUACGGCCCCAGCGCGCCGAUGGCGAUCGUGUUCCAGUUUUGCCAGGCUCAGCUCGUCAAACUGCAUCGUUUUCUGCUCGGCAACCAUCAAAGGCUGCUGUUUACCUCGCUGCUGAUUGGCAUGACCACCGGUACCGUGCACUGGCAAUCCAUACGGCACCCUGCCCUGGUGGAGCAUCUCCACGAAAACUUACGCACCUUUCCGGUGGAAAUAUCGUUCGGUGCGGUCGCCCUCCUGUCCUUCGGUGCGGUGCUGUCCUACGGUCUUUACCGGCACCAUCUCUGUGGCAAGGAGCGGCGUGCAAGGGUCGCUAUUCGCCAGCGCUACAUCGACUACAUCGUGCUGUGUCUGAUGGUAAGCGUAGCGAAUGCCGCCCGCCAGCACCUGCACUGCCCGGAUAAGGAGGGGCUUGGGCUGCAGCAGCUCGAAGGCUACCGGCGUGACAUCGAGGUCGCCAUCGCUCGGUUCCGGGCUAGUGCGAGAAAGCUGCUCCAGGAGCCGCCCCUACCGCUGGCCAACUCGCACACCUUUCUCGAGCGCUACUUCCGCCUGGACGAUGAACGGUUCGGGGAGGAGAUCCUUAGCCUGAAACGAGACGCUGGAUCACUGAUGAACGUACCGGCCAUCAAAGGACUGCUAAGUCGGUAAGCUUCGCAUGGAUAUCCGGAGUCUAACCCUGUUCCGCAAGAAGCAAACCGUUUCGGACGAUAUCGACGGAACCCUACCGGUACCGGCAUAAAUCCGAAACUCGAAUCAAUUAAGAGAUUAUCAAAUAAGCUUGCCGAAUGUUUGAUUUAUGUCCCAGCAGAUUUUCUGCCGUUUGCAACCGCUGAAUUGCAUUUUUGCUUCCAGUUUUUUUGUUGUAUCGAUUGCUGAAGCUCAAGAGUCGGACCCUAUUUUGUGUGAUCGCUUUCAUCUUGAAUCGGAUUGAAUGGUCAUUUUUGCUAACAGACACAUACAAGAAGCAAAAAAAGCACAUGAUACAACCGUAUAAUGUGAAAUCGAUGUACCCCACCAGUACCGAUAGUGCGGGAGAAUUGGUACACAGGUUGGAAAAUUAAACGGCAACCCGUACGACUAUCUAUUCGGGAAGUGUCAAUUCGAUUGAUCGGAAAAAUCAAACGCAACUGAAUCGUACCAGGGAUGAGAUCUAAAGCGUUCAAUUUGCUACCGAAGCUAACGACACUUUGUUGAAGCUGUAUCACAAAUAGCAAUUAUGUUAUUUACCCGGUCCGUUUCAGCAUGGAAGGUAGACCUGUACUUGCGUUUGAUCGCUGCAAUAGAAUGCAUAUGAUGAGGAGUAUAAAGCAGGCUCUAUAAUUGAAA